AUGGAUGGGCAAACGUGGAUGUUGUUACUAAUUGUAUUUACAUUCAAAGGGAAUAGUGAAUUAUCGCAGAGAAAUACCCUAUGCCCUAGUGUUUGCAUAUGUGACGGGAAAACAGCGAUUUGCAAAGGCCACGAUGGCUCUCAUCUACGAUAUAUUCCACCAUUACCUGAAAACAUAACAAGCCUUGUAUUCAAUUCGAAUGACUUGGGAUAUAUGGGAGAAAAAGCAUUCAAUAAUUUAUCCAACCUUCAUUUGACGAGGCUUGACUUGAGACGUAGUCGCAUCGGUUUCAUUCAUAAAAAGGCCUUCAGACUGCUUCCUCAUCUACAGUUUCUCGACUUAAGUGAAAACAAAUUCUUUCGUUCCAGAAAACUACACAAUACAUUUUACGGAUUGCAAAACAGUUCUUUAAGAGAAAUUCGUCUAACAUAUAUGUGGUAUAGUAAUUUGUCAAACAGCUUUUUCAGUUAUCUUAAUAACACGUCUUUAGAACGAGUCUUCUUUGACAAUAAUCGUAUCAUAGCUACCAAUAUUGGUGAUGUUCUGUCUCCAUUGUCUAAACAUCUGCGAGAAAUUUCUUUUAAAAGCAACCGAAUUUCAAAGUUUUCGUUGAACAUUAUUAUGCCCAAAUUGGAGAUUAUUGUUUUGAGCAAAAACAAACUAUUGUCCGUUCCAAACUUUUGUUAUAGACAUGAUCACAAACCACGUUUGCCUAAUCUAAAAGUUCUUGAUCUGAGCAACAAUCUCAUAUCUGUCGUCAAAAGAAGCACAUUCUAUAGACAAUGCUUUCCACGGCUUCAAAACCUUUCUCUUGGAUUUAACAAGAUUAAAACCUUAGACAAAAAUUUCAUCAGUCAUAUACCCUUCAUUAAUUUCUUGUCCAUAGAAAAUCUGGAUCCCAAUUUAACUCUUAAUGAAUAUGCUUUAAACAGUUCUUCGUUGCAAUACUUGUACAUGGGAAAUAAAUUCAACGUUCUGAAAUAUAGAAGAACCUUAUUCUAUUACACUAGAAAUCUGAGGAUUCUAGAUAUGACUGGAGUACAAUUUGUUUCAUCUCGUAAACAGGAAGAGAAAAUGUUUCAACUAUUUCAGCCUCUAACGCGUCUAGAAGAAUUGAUAUUGAAUAAAACAUCCUUGUCAACGUUUCCAUCACCCCUCUUCCAGCUCCUGCCAAAUUUAACAAAACUCUACUUAGAUGAUUGUAGUUUCAACGAGACCCACUUAAAAAAGAUAUUUGUCCUAGAGUCUUUAAAGGUUCUCGUGCUAGACAAUAACUUGAUAACCAAUUUAAAUGAGACGAAUAUUCCCACUAAGAUUGAAAAAAUAAGUUUGAAAGGCAAUCCUUUCCUUUGUUCUUGUGGAUUAGUUUGGUUUCGAAAUUGGAUAGAAGCCAACUCCGAUCAUCUUCUAGGAUGGCCAAAUGACUAUAAAUGCUAUCUGCCACAAGAAUGGAAAGACAAAUCUCUUCAUGAUUUUCACCUGAAAUACCUUUUCUGCCAUCCCAUUAACCCAUACAUCAUCAUGGCUAUUUCCAUUUCCUUUGCAGUCCUUGUCAUUGCUACAGUAUUUUGUGUUCUAUACAAGAAACGCUGGUACAUCAAGUAUUACUUGUACCUCUUGCGCGCUAAAAAGCGCGGCUAUGAAGUUCUUGGAGGUGAUGAUUUUGCCUAUGAUGUAUUCGUAGCUUAUAACUCGGACGACAGAAUCUGGGUCAUUUCAGAAAUGAUACCUAGAUUGGAGAACAAAGAACAUCUUAAACUGUGCUUACAUGACAGGGAUUUUCAGGCAGGAAAACUAAUUGUAGACAACAUCACUGACGCCAUGCACAAAAGUAGAAAGAUUCUAAUCAUCCUCUCUAACAGUUUCGCACAAAGCCAUUGGUGUCGGUUCGAAACUGUGAUGGCGCAGUUACUUUCGAUGAAUCAAGGGGAAAAUAUGGUGAUUAUUGUCGUUUUGGAAAAUAUUCUGACCAAAAAUAUGAACAACUCUCUACACUUGCUUUUGAAAUCUACCACAUUUAUAGAAUGGACAAACGAAAAAACAGCGCAGGAGAUGUUCUGGGAUAGAUUAGUAUCUACGUUAAAACUAUAA